GGCCCCUCCCUUGGCGGGGGCGCGCGGCGCGAAGGACUGCACGGAAAGGGGGAAGUCAGGUGGCCGGUGCCGCCGCCGCCGCCGCCGCCGCCGCGGUUUGUCGCCAGAAGGAAAAUGGCGGAUCUGGAGGAGCAGUUGUCUGAUGAGGAGAAGGUGCGUAUAGCAGCGAAAUUCAUCAUUCAUGCCCCUCCUGGAGAGUUUAAUGAGGUGUUUAAUGAUGUUCGGUUACUGCUUAAUAAUGAUAAUCUUCUCAGGGAAGGAGCAGCCCAUGCAUUUGCACAGUAUAACUUGGACCAGUUUACCCCAGUAAAAAUUGAAGGUUAUGAAGAUCAGGUAUUGAUAACAGAACAUGGUGAUUUGGGAAAUGGAAAGUUUUUGGAUCCAAAAAACAGAAUCUCUUUCAAAUUUGAUCACUUAAGAAAGGAAGCAACUGAUCCAAGACCGUAUGAAGCAGAAAAUGCAAUUGAAUCCUGGAGAACUUCAGUAGAAACUGCUCUUCGAGCUUAUGUAAAAGAACAUUAUCCAAAUGGAGUCUGCACUGUAUAUGGUAAAAAAAUAGAUGGACAGCAAACUAUUAUUGCAUGCAUAGAAAGCCAUCAGUUCCAAGCAAAAAACUUUUGGAAUGGUCGUUGGAGGUCAGAGUGGAAGUUUACAAUCGCUCCUUCAGCCACUCAGGUGGUUGGCAUCUUGAAAAUUCAGGUUCAUUAUUAUGAAGAUGGUAAUGUUCAGCUAGUGAGUCAUAAAGAUAUACAGGAUUCCUUAACAGUGUCUAAUGAGGUACAAACAGCAAAAGAAUUUAUAAAGAUUGUAGAAGCUGCAGAAAAUGAAUACCAGACUGCCAUCAGUGAGAAUUAUCAGACAAUGUCGGACACUACUUUUAAAGCCUUACGUCGACAGUUGCCAGUUACACGCACUAAGAUUGAUUGGAACAAGAUCCUUAGCUACAAGAUUGGCAAAGAGAUGCAGAAUGCAUAAGAUGAACAUUGCAUGACCGGAUCAUUUUAGUGUCUUUGCGUUUUAAAAAAAAAUCAUUACAAAAGUAUUCAGAACUGUCAAGCUACCCAGUCAGAUGGGCUGUUGCCAUUUAAAAUCACUGUAAUUAAUUAGUUUGGUUAGAGCACAAAGCUUAGCUAAUCAACCAUUAUUUUUCAUUUCUUUUGUUCAAAGAGGAUUGAAAAUCAGUUUAGUUUAAAUGUCUUUUACUUUCUGUUAUUCCUUUCUUUCUUACAAUGAAGAGAUGAUUCCUCGAGUUUAAUGUUAAAAGUUUUUGAAGUGUUUCAAAAAUAUUUUACUUAUCGUAACCCUAAAAUUGUUUUUUGGUUUAUGAAGUGGGUAACUUUUGAUAUUUGCCCAGUUCUUUUUAAUGGGGUCAAUAAUGGACAUUCUAGUUUAAGGUGGUUGAUGGAUUUAGCCAUAUAUGCUGCUAAAGAAAUUGUCUACCUUUUCCCCCUCACCUCUUCCAUUUAUGUAAGAUUGAGAUUAGAGGGAAAGCAUUUUCUAUAUGAAUUGUGUUUAAACCUUUCAAGAAGGUUAUUUAGCUAGCUUAGUGUUUAACUAAACUUUUUUUAAACAAAGCCAAGGUCUAAUGCUGUUUUGAGAUUCUGAAAUUAAAUGAAAAUACUUAUUUCAGAAAUGCAUUUAAUGCUUUUUUCUUGUGACAGUUACGCAAAUUAGCUUGAAUUCCAUAUGUCCCUGGGUUAUUUUUAUCAUAAAGCCACAAAUGUAUUAUAACAAGGCAAAUUGUAAUAUAUAUAAUCCUGAACUCAU